AUGCCUUCCAAGAUCCAAGUCGCUGCUCUUCUCGGAGCCCUUGCCUCCUCGGUCAAGGCCCACGGCCAUCUCGCCGGCAUCAAGGUCGACGGCCAGGCCUAUACUGCCUAUGAUCCUUCCUUCCAGUACCAGAAACCUUCUCCCGAAGUUAUCGAGUGGUCAUGCCCGGAGUGCCUUGACAAUGGCUUCGUAUCCCCUGACAUGUUUAAGGACGUGACGAAGAUUGCUUGCCACAAGGAUGCUACUGCCGGUGCGAAGGUUGCAAAGGUCAAGGCUGGCGGCACCAUCGACAUUCAGUGGACGGCUUGGCCAGCUUCUCAUGUCGGACCUGUCCUCGACUACCUCGCAAAGGUCGACGAUGCAACCAAGGCCACUUCCAAAGACCUGAGCUUUUUCAAGAUCGACCAAGCCGGCUAUGAGAAUGGCCAGUGGGCUGCUUCCAAGCUCAUCGCCAACAACCAGACCUGGACGGUGACCAUUCCGGAGAGCAUUGCAUCUGGUCAAUACGUCUUGCGUCACGAGAUCAUUGCUCUUCACUCCGCCGGGCAGGAGAAUGGUGCUCAGAGCUACCCCAAGUGCAUCAACAUCGAGGUCGAAGGCUCCGGCACGGCAACACCCGCAGGAGUGACAGCCGACAAGUUGUACACUCCCGAUGACGCUGGCAUCAAAGUCAGCAUCUACUCAGGCGACAUGAGCAGCUACAAGCCUCCUGGCCCCGCACUCUUCAGCGGCGCCAGCUCUGGCUCUGGAUCCUCACCCGCAGGUGGUUCCGGCUCUUCUACUCCUGCUACUCCCGCUUCAAGCAGCGCUCCAUCUACCACUUCCGCGCCUGCCAAAGCUGCUUCUGCUACUCCUAAGGCGUCUACUGCACCGUCUGCAGGAUCCGGUUCCAGCCUACCCAAAGAAUUCACUAUCGACACCUUCAUUGCGUGGCUCGAGAAGGCUGCGGGCUCUUCGUCUUCGUCUUCUGGAUCCAAGCCUUCGUCUUCAGGAUCCAAGUCUUCGUCGGAUGGUUAUAAGCUGCGCCGCCACCCGCGUGCUUUCUGGAACUAA